UGUUAGUUCACGAUGACGUCUGUACAUCAAGUCCUCGCCUUCGAUGUCUACGGCACCCUUCUCGACACAAGCAGCAUCAGUAAGGUGUUAGAGGAGAAGCUUCAGGUUUCACGCGAGAAGGCGGCGGAGGUGGCAAUAACUUGGAGAAAGCAUCAGCUCGAGUAUACAUGGCGAUUGAACUCGAUGGAGCUCUACGAGCCUUUUGACGAAGUAACUCGUCGAAGCCUCAUCAACGCCACCAUUGAACAUGGAUUCGAUAUUUCGAAUAGCGAUGCCGAAGAUAUAUGUGGCGCAUAUCAGACGCUCGGCGCAUUCAAAGACGCCUUCGAUGCACUGCAGGCGCUGAAAGAGAAAAAUAAUAUAAAGAUUACCGUGUUCAGUAACGGAACGCAGGACAUGGUUUCGAAUUCUCUCGACGCCGCUGGUGUUUCUCCUUUCGUGGAAGGCCAACAUCUUACCGACAACGUCAAGAGAUAUAAACCAUCACCUGCUGUAUACCAAGACUUGCUGCAAUCAUUGGGGAAAACGAAUGAGCCACAGAAUGUGUGGCUUGUGAGCGGGAAUCCCUUUGACGUCUGCGGUGCUCGGUCAUCAGGAAUGCGUGCCAUUUGGGUUGACCGAGUAGGUAAAGGUUGGGCGGACAGACUCCUGGAGCCGAAUGUAGGUGGACCAACAAAGAUUGUGAGGAGUCUGAGGGAGGUGAAGGCCAUCGUGGAUGAGAUUGCUUAGUAAUGUCGAAGGGUAACCGGAGUAAUUUUAGCCUCCGCCGACUGUACUUACGGUGCUUUGUUUGGAGCGACCAGUUCGCUCGAGUCGAUGUAGGCUCGUAAUUGCUGAAAGAUAGAAAUGAGAGUUAACGUUCGA